UUGAAAUACUAAAGAUCUGAAAGUGAUGUCGACUACAGAAGGGGACGAGAUUGAAGCUACUGGAUGCCAGAUUUUCCAUGGCACUUCGGCAAGGCGCAUCCAAAAGGAGCUGGACGAGAUCACUCAGGACCCGCCGACCAAUUGUAGUGCCGGUCUGAAGGAGGAUGACAUGUACGAGUGGACGGCCACCAUUGUGGGACCAUCGGAUUCCGUCUACGAGGGCGGAAUGUUCUUCCUUGACAUACAGUUUCCCAUGGAUUAUCCUUUCAAGCCGCCGAAAGUCACGUUUCGCACGCCCAUCUAUCACUGCAACAUCCGAUGGGGCACCAUCUGUCUGGACAUACUGAAGGAUAACUGGUCACCGGCCCUGACCAUUUCGAUGGUCCUCCUGUCCAUCUGCUCACUGCUCACCGAUUGCAAUCCAGCCGAUCCGUUGGUGGGCACCAUUGCCAAGGAAUAUGUCUUCAACCGAGAGGAACAUGAUAAAACAGCGCGUCGUUGGACAUCACAGUACGCAAAUGAUGAACAAGUUGAGCCAUCCAUAAUAUGGUAAAAUCCAAAAACUGCAAUGAGAGAAUUAUUAGUUGAAACUAUGCUAACAUAUAUUUUAAUACGCUAAAUUUAGGAGUAACCAUGAACAUCCUAACGAGCUUACCUUUUAAUUAUUUUCUGGUUUCUCCAUUUUUUUUUGGGAAUACCGUUUCAUACUUUACAUGCACAUAUUUAAAAAUAAAUGUUUCACUUAAAAUUAA